CCUUCGAAUAAGGCUGUCGUCCGUAGGAAGUGGUCAUGACGAUUUAAUAAAGGGUUCGACAAGGCCUAGCUCGUCGAGAUCGUAUGUGGUCGGCGGAGAACUAAUUAACGUCGAUGGUCACGACAAUGAUGAUGUAUUCGACGAAGAAUUGAGAUCUGACGAUGGAUACACGAUAUCUUCAUUAACGCCUCUGGAGCGGUUCCGGAAGGCCGGUCGCCAGGUCAAGUUCAUGUGCGGUGUUCAGAUCAGUCUGAACAAAUGUGCCGAAGAGGCUGGGAAGGGUACCUUCUCCAUCCAGAUCGCAGAUCUAAUGGAGAAGAUGUCCCGUACUCCAGGUGUCGUCUACGUCCCCGAGCACAGCAAAGAGAGGCUCAGCUUCAAUGCCACAGACUACCGGUCCAAGUAUGAGUUUACGUGGCCAGAGACGGCCAAAGAUGUCCUGAUGAAGGCCUCCGUAGAUCGGACACCCGACGACAUCCGACUGGUCAGAAGCUUGAUGCGAGGCCUCUACAGCUUCAGAAAGUAUUCCAGAAACCUACAGGACCUCAUCUGCAAAGUAAUCCGGUACGCAAAGUACGGUCGCCGUCGAGUGGUGAUUCGCAAAGGUCAUCCGGGGUUCUCUUUCUACUUCAUCUUCUCCGGUAUGGCUGGUGUCACCCUGGAAGAGGACGAGAUGAACGCAUUCGUCAAAAAAGAAGUCAACAUCCUGAAAAAGGGUGCUAGCUUUGGGGAGAUCGCUUUGCUGAAGGAUUCACGACGCAAGGCGACGGUAGUCUGUCUCGAAAACACCGAGUUCCUGGUGGUUGAUUCCGAUGACUUCUUUGAAAACAACCUCCAUCUCCACAUCCAACAAGACUUCGAGUACCGUAUGAAUUUCAUGAGUCACCUAGAUUUAUUUUCGACGUGGACAUCUGAAUCCAUAGAGGAGAUCUCUGAUAUGGGUCGUAUGGAGGAGUACUGUAACGAAUCCCUGAUCGUCAAGGAUGCUCGAGAUACAGAUUGGCUCUUCAUAGUCACCAAGGGUCGAGCGGACGUGUUGAAGCUGGUUGACUUAGCCCAGCUGUACAUGUCCAAGCAGGAUGAGGAGGAAGAAGUCAUGCAGGUGUCGAGGAAAGCCAAGGUACUCAAAUCGGCAUUCGCGUGGAAUGAUGACGUCUCGUCCAAGCUCACCAAGAUUCCGCAACACCAGCAGUAUCAGCAACAUCAGCAACCCCAGUCAGAUCCAAGGUUUCCGUGGAUGACCGGUGGCGACGGGCACGAGCAACCGCAGAAGAAUGGGAAGAAAUUGGACGUCCCAGCAAGGCCGAAGACGACAGGUCAAAUAUCAUCACGCACGCGCAAUCACAUCGCUGAUAAUGCCCACGCCGAUACAGCCCACGGAAACAGUAGAAGCAAAAGUGCCACAGUCAGACUGAAAGUUCCUUCGGACAAGCUUGAUGGCAGCGGUGAUGAAGGAACCAAUGAGCACCAAUCAAACGGCGUGUACAGAUCAAAUCAGUCACGAGCUAGCUCAGCGAAUCAUAGGAGGAGAACGUUUUCCGAACCUACAGAGGAAAUGCCCACACUACCGAAUCACAUCAAACUGGGACUGGAGACGAUUAAAGCUCCUGGCGUUGAAGCAGGAGUGUACAUCCAAGUAGAUGCUCUCAGAUCAGGGGAUUUCUUCGGUAUUCAAGGCAUAAAGGGCGAAAUGCCUCAUCUUUCACUCGUCAGUCACGGAUGCGAAGUAAUCCGAAUCUCGAUGUCGAAAUUCCGCGAGUUCGCCGAUGACGAAACGUUAGCUAAAGUGAACAAACUCCUCCCGACCUACGCAAGCGGCCUCGAACUAUGGCGAAGUUUCCAGAAACAGAACAAAUGGAGAAACUUUAAGAAUGGCGUGAUCACUGAUGUCAUGCGGCAUGCGCACCAGUCAGAUCAAGCAGCGAUCGUAGAGAGGGCGGGGCCUCGAUCAAGGAGAUCGGUGACCAGUGAUUGGGUGACGAAUACUUGGAGUAGGCGGAGCUCGAUGGGAGGAGAGUCAUCGGAAGUGAGAAACACACCUCUUCCAAAGAUCAUGACAAGUGCUGUAGAGAGGGGGAGUGGUCCCCGAAGUCCACGCCCACGGCGAAGAGGAAAGAGUGCAGGUGUAUCGAAUGCAUCCACUUCAAGACCUGGGAGUCGUGCUCUCACCGCCAGUCGACCGCCAAGCACGCGAGUUUCUGAUUCGAGACCGCCCACUCGGCACUCCAUGUCCAAUCACGACUUGAGGAUUCUUGAAAACCGUAGAUCCAGCGUACCUGCAUCACGUUUCGUCUCCGCCUCCCAAUCCUUAAACAACCAACAGAUGGCUCGAACGCUCAGCGCUGUGGGCGGGGCGAUGAGUUCGGGCGGGGAGAAGAGGUACAACUCGCAGCAGUCUAUGCCUCAUUUGAACAUUCCCGAUCUUGCAAAUUUCACUAAACCAACAUUUACACGAAGCAGGAGUUGGCGAGAACUGAAGUCGUGAAAAAGUUUUCAUCAUCUUGUGUUCGUGAAAUAGACAGUUUUACUGUCACUAAGUGCAAUAGAUACUCGCUAAUGCCGCCGAGUUCAGGAAAAGCCUAUCAGCAAAAUUAUAUUUGUUGAUUCAUAUGUUCUACACCUGAGAUGAAUGCAUAUUUUGAGAUAAACACGGAGAAAACUAUUUCUUGAUCCUAUAACCGAGGGAAUACAGGAUCAUAAUAGAAAAUGGAUGCCGUACCCAAAGAUCAGAGCGAAAUUUUGAACUAGAUGACUACAAUAACAGAGAAUGGGAUAUGGAAAGGGAGAGGAUAAGAGAUAAAGAGAGAGAAGGAGAGGUGAAGGUUCACAAAAACACGGAUCGCAGCUACUUUCGAAAUAUCAACUUAACUAAGAAUUCAACUGCUGUGCGUAAUCCGACCUCGAUUUCUAUUGGAUAUAGGUUUUGAAAUUGCCCUUGAGUUGAUUUUCGAAAGAAGUUGCGAUCAUGUUAAAAUAACCACAAAAAUCCCCAUGUUUUACAACAGAACCAGGGCCUGUAUUCAAUAAACUUCUAAAAUACGGGCCCAGAUGACAGUAACCAUUGUAACCAAAAUGGGUCAGGAUGAAUUUAUAUAUUUGGUAAGAAAUUUCAUAUUAUGUACCAAGAAGUUUACUAUUCUAUCGCCAACAAUUUUUUAGACUGUUAAUCGAAUCGAAUAUGGAAGAAAUAGAUGAAGUUUAUAAUCUUGCCAAAUCUGAGUAUUAUUCUCUUCUUCCUCGAAAUGCAUAGGUACAUGUAUAUCUGUAUUUCGGAACAAAAAUGGCUACCAAAGAAUUUUUGUUAGUGCCGAUUACUUUUUUAUUUAAGCGGUUUUCAUGGUGUAUAAAUUGAGUAAAGCUUUACGAUAUUUGCCACGGCUGGAAUGUAAUAGGUCAUUUGUUUAAAGACCUACACAAUAAUUGAAUUGCUUUUAAACGUUUCACCAAUUGCAAUGUAUCUCGCAAAACGUUAGUUUCUUGUAGAUGUUCUCGAUUUCUUCAAUCUAAAAUUAUAUAUCUUGCCUAUAUUCCAUGGCAUGAAACUUCCGUCCGCUAUCGUUAGAGAUAUCUGCCAGAAUUUGCAAAUAUUAAAGGGGAAGUCCACCCUGAAAUUAAGUUAGUUUUAAUAGGAGUAGAAAAAUGAGAGAAACAAGUCAGUGA